ACCAAGUAUGCCCACAAAAUAGAAGGGAAAAAUGAAUCGAAUGAGAAGACAAGAAAGGCCAGCAGAGAGCAGCCAACUCUCUUGACGGUUAUUUCCACUCUUUUCUCGUUUCCUCCGCCCCUUCCCCCCUUAAAUUCCUUCUCCCUCUCUGCUUCUUUCAUCUGUUAACCCACAUCUUACAGCAACCCAUUUCUCCAUUUUCUCUAAUUCUUCCUUCUCCAAUAAUGGCGACGUCUUUCUUUACAGCAAAAGUUUUGCCCCUUAACUCUACUAGAUCUGCUGAUAAGCCCCUUUUGGGUCAAGUUUUGCUACCUUCUUCUUUUCUUGGACCAUCCGCUCAUAAACUUUCCCUCAACAACGCUUUCUCUCUUCAAUCACAACGCCGAUCCAAUGCUGUUGUCGCAGUUUCUGAUGUCGUUAAGGAUAACAAGUCCAAAUCCAAAUCUUCUAUCUCCAAUAUGUUGAUUACUAAAGAGGAGGGAUUGGAACUGUACGAGGACAUGGUGUUGGGAAGAGCUUUUGAGGACAUGUGUGCCCAAAUGUAUUACAGGGGGAAAAUGUUUGGUUUUGUGCAUUUGUAUAAUGGGCAAGAAGCUGUUUCAACUGGUUUUAUCAAGCUCUUGAAGAAGGAAGAUUCUGUAGUUAGCACUUACCGUGAUCAUGUCCAUGCAUUGAGCAAAGGUGUCCCAGCUCGCCAAGUGAUGAGUGAGCUAUUUGGGAAGACCACGGGGUGUUGUAGAGGCCAGGGCGGAUCGAUGCACAUGUUCUCCAAAGAGCACAAUGUUCUUGGCGGUUUCGCAUUUAUUGGUGAGGGAAUCCCAGUGGCUACAGGUGCUGCAUUCACCAGCAAGUACAGAAGGGAGGUCUUGAAGGAGGCUGACUGUGAUCAUGUCACUCUUGCCUUCUUUGGUGAUGGAACUUGCAACAAUGGCCAAUUCUAUGAGUGCUUGAACAUGGCCGCAUUGUGGAAAUUGCCAAUUAUCUUUGUUGUUGAGAACAAUCUGUGGGCAAUUGGGAUGUCCCACUUGAGAUCCACUUCUGAUCCUGAAAUUUGGAAGAAAGGUCCUGCCUUUGGGAUGCCUGGGGUUCAUGUUGAUGGAAUGGAUGUGUUGAAGGUGAGGGAGGUAGCAAAUGAAGCUGUUGGCAGAGCUAGGAGAGGGGAAGGUCCCACUUUGGUUGAAUGUGAGACUUACCGGUUCAGAGGACACUCUUUGGCUGAUCCAGAUGAGCUUCGUGACCCUGCUGAAAAGAAUCACUAUGCCACAAGAGAUCCUAUUACUGCGUUGAAGAAGUAUAUGUUUGAGAAUAACCUGGUCAAUGAAGCGGAGUUAAAGGCCAUCGACAAGAAGAUCGAUGAAUUGGUUGAAGAGUCUGUAGAGUUUGCAGAUGCAAGCCCUGUUCCAGCUCGUAACCAGCUGCUAGAGAAUGUAUUUGCUGAUCCUAGAGGGUUCGGGAUUGGGCCUGAUGGAAGGUACAGAUGUGAGGAUCCUAAGUUCACUGAAGGCACAGCUCAGGUCUAAUUCUCAAGGCUGUGCUUUGUGGGCCUGCACAAGAUGGCUUUCAAUAGUUGAUGAGAAGCAGGUUUUCAUUUAGUAAUUAUUGAUAUUGAUAGCGCUUCUACACAUGUAUUAAUGUCUUUCCCCAUGAGAAAGAUCUGAUGUUUAGUUACUUUGUAGUUUCAAUUUUGUUCAGGGUUGUGUUCUCUUUAUCUUGGACAUUGUUUGUUAGUUGUACUAAAGGGCCUUGUGUUCCUCCUUUUGCACUUCCAA